UUGACCUGGACAUAAAGUAAGUUAUCGCCACAGUAUCACCCGUACACUGAAGCAAAGAGCGCUUUGCUGACAGGCAAUCGUACUGUGUGUCUUUGUAGGCGUAUCGUGAUCAUGUGACGAGGUGAAAAAAGAUCUAAUUAUAGAUUUCGCGGGACGACACUGACUAUAUUUUAUUGAAGUCAAACGAAUCACCCGUGACUCUCUAGCGGAAAAUGAAGCCUGUGUUUAUCACUGUGCUACUGCUCCUGUGUGUGACGUCACAGGCAAAACCCCCAAACAUUAUCUUCAUUGUAGCGGAUGACCUGGGCUGGGGUGACGUCGGCUUCCAUGGUUCUAAGAUCAGGACCCCAUUUUUGGACAAACUUGCCUAUAAUGGCAUCCUCCUCAACAACUACUACGUAUCUCCGAUAUGUACCCCGACUAGAAGCGCCAUCAUGACCGGCAGACACCCCAUACACACAGGUCUACAGCACGGGGUAAUAGGGGAGGCUACUCCGUAUGGUCUGUCUCUGAACGAGACCAUCAUGCCGCAGUACCUCAAUGACCUGGGGUACGCUUCGCACAUCGUUGGUAAGUGGCACUUGGGCUUCUUCACCAAGAACCACGUUCCAACUAUGCGCGGGUUCGAAUCCCACUUCGGCUACUACACGGGGAAGGAAGACUACUUCGACCACACAAGCAAGGGACCGAACAUGUGGGGGCUGGACUUCCGCCGGAACCUUGACUUGGUGCGUAAUGAUGAUGAGGAAUAUUCGACAACACUAUUUGCGUCAGAGGCCAGUGACGUCAUAAAAGCUCAUAACCAGUCAAAGCCACUUUUCCUGUAUCUGGCCUUUCAAGCAGUGCAUGCUGGGAAUCCCGGUGGCGAUUCCAUUCAAGCACCACAGAAAUAUGUUGACAGAUUCCCAGAUAUUAAGGAUACACAGAGGAAACUCUUUGCUGGGGUGGUGUCGGCUCUUGAUGAAGCUGUUGCUAACGUGACGGCGACGUUGCAGCAGACGGGGAUGCUGAACAACUCCAUCAUCGUCCUCACGACCGACAACGGUGGACCCACCAAUGGCUACGACAACAAUGCGGCAUGCAACUGGCCUCUUAGGGGCUGCAAGAACACGAUGUGGGAAGGAGGAGUACGGGGAAAUGGCUUCGUCUACAGCCCUCUACUCUCUACAUCCGGGUACGUCCAGGAGAACAUGAUGCAUAUCACUGAUUGGCUGCCCACACUCUACCACGCGGCCGGAGGUGACGUCAGCAAGCUCAGGAACCAAGAUGGUUACAAUCUGUGGGAAAUGUUGUCGAACAAUGGCGCCGCUGUUAGAAACGAAAUAUUACAUAACAUUGAUCCCAUACAGAACUUUUCAUCUAUUAGAGUUGGGGAGUAUAAACUUGUUAUGGGAGAUAUCUCAGGAGGCCGAGAUGAUUCUUGGUACCCGCCGCCAGAAGGAAAGGACUACAAGAUGAAACAUCCCUCUGGAAGUGAAUUCGUGAAAGAGUUCAAUACAAACGACCAUCCAGUGAACGUCAAUUGCGGCAAGAAACCCGUGGAUGCCGAGACUAACUGUCAACCGGAAGUGUCGCCAUGUUUGUUUCACAUUCCCAGCGACCCGUGCGAAUUCCACAACAUAGCUUCCACAAACCCAGACCAGGUUCAGUCGUUACUGGCCAGACUUGAAGAGUACAGGAAAACCAUGGUCCCUCCCGCCAACAAGCCCUCUGAUCCUAAGGCCAACCCCCAACUUCACGAAGGUGCGUGGACAUGGUGGCUCUAAGACCAUAUUAACACAGGUACAGUGUUAGUUGUUGAUUCCCGAGUUGAAACUAAAAAGUUAACCGGGAAUCAGUCCAUAAGAGAACUAAGUGUGAAACCAACUGACAUCAAAGAAAUGUGCUGUAAUUAACAAUUGUAUUCUAAAAUUAACUAAGUUCACAAGUCAGUACAAAGGUAUAACUUUAGCAGUACAAAAUUGCGUGGGAGAACAGAUUCAUUGGCAGUAUGAUACAAGAGCAGUGAUAUAGCAAUAAGGAUUCACCUAUCAGCAAUAGUAACCCAACUUGCAACUAUACCAUUAAAAAAAAGUAGGGGAUAUUCCAUUUUGCGAGCAUACCACUAGCCAAUGCCAAUGCACAUGAGAAAAAGAAAUAUAUAUCCAUGCAGAUAAAAUAUUUCCAAAGGAAUAGAAUAAAUUGGCACAUUUUCCCUUAAUUUCUCUUCAUCAUCUCUUUCCUCCUUGGCUUCAUCAUUCGCAUUUUAUCAAUCUCGUAAAUCCAAUACCCCCUACUUUUUGAAUGGUAUAUUUAUGCAACGAUAUGAUCAUCACACACAAUGAAUGUGGUCUUGACUUGUGAUGUAAUGUGAGAUCAGAGGCAAUAGCUAGCUCCUCAUAUAUACACAAAAAUAAGUUGCUAGAAAAUUCUGCCACAAGUCAUUAUGUUUUCUGCAUCAGAGAAGGGUUCUAGUACAUUCCAGCACUCAGUCUAAAUAUAGUACAUGUCUUACUAUAAUACAUCACUUCCCAUCACUAACUCUACAGGUAACAGAUGAAACAUUUGCACAACGUAUAACACUACCUCAUAACAGCAGAUAUGAUCGUUUUAAUUGUAUAUAUAUUUUACAUCCUCACUCGUUCACUUUUGUCCUUUUAAAACAUUGCUACAGUUGUUAGGCAGCGUCGCUUUUAUUAAUAUGUUGUAAGUUUGUAUCUAUCCUCAGCUUGUAGGCGAGCUGUUUACACUGAGGUAAUGAAAGUCAGCAUAUACUUUUCGCAACUGUAAAUUUGAAGAAUAACAUUUGUAGUUAGAAAACGUCUCAGACGUGGGUAAUAUCGUAUUCUGAAAGUCAUGACACAGUUCAACACUCACGACAAUGAAAUGUAUGAACUAUCCGAGGGCAGUAUAUACAUGGUUUACGCCACGAACUAAUAACCAUGACACAUUGUUUCCACUGACAUUAAAAUAUAUACAUAUGA